UCCAUCAACCAACCAAUCAAUCAAUCAGCUAAUAAUCAGUUAAAGAUUGGUUUAAACACACAAAGGGCAGCGCUGACCAAUCAGAACGCUGGUCACGUGAUUCCUCUUGAUUAGUGCCGAUGAAAUCAAAUCACUGCUCAGGUAUAAAGGCAGAGCCAUCAGGACAUGGUCUGCAUUCAGAGGCCUGCUGCCAAGAGGACUUUGUCUCUCUGGGUUCUCCACUCGCAUCAGGAUUCUCCACUCGCAUCAGGAUUCUCCACUCGCACCAGGAUUCGGUUGCAAGGAGGUAGGUGACUUUCUUUCUGCUAUUUGUGCUUGUGAGCAAAAGAGUUGGUUUUUUUUUUUUCCUCACAGGUUUUCAAAAGGGCCUGGAGUUCUGUGUAUAUAUACACACACUCGCCCUAACAAUUACCUUGCUAUGGAAAUGCGUACAUUGUGCCUUUAACUACACAUGUGAAAGUUGACGUUGCUGUACUAAUUUUCUUUCACUUGACGUGAAGUCAGUGUUUCUUUUGUCAUCCGCUUAUUCUCAAAUAGUCUGUAUUCUUUUCUUGAGGUUUGGCUGGGACCCCUCCACGAAGAGACCUUCUGUUCCAGUGAGGCCUGACAAUCAAGAGAGGCCUCCGAGGUACUCACAGCCCUUCCACCUGCCAGGAAGGAACCUCUCAGAGCUGCAGGCUGAGGCAGAUCCCAGCCCAGAGAGCCGUCUCCACCGGGGAAACACUCGAUUUUCUUGGGGCACAGAGUGCUGACCAGAGAGGAGUCCCGGUAACGUGACAGGCUGGAAAAGAGACCAGCUCCUGCCUGCACAAGUUCAAGUCUCAGCGACUGCUUCACAGACCCAGCAAAGCUUUGCUGAAGUAAAGGAAGCGUAGGGCAGACGUCACUCCUCAGCAUCCGGGGCUCUGGCGCCUACCUGAGGCCUUAGAGUCCGGUGCUUGUGGGAUCACAGCCAUGACGUCCAGGCCCUGUGGGGUCCAGAACCCAGGCUGUGCCAUUAUGACCUUCUACCCAACCCUGGAAGAAUUUGAAGACUUCAGCCAAUAUAUCGCUUACAUGGAAUCGCAAGGGGCACACCACGCUGGCCUGGCCAAGGUAAUUCCCCCCAAAGGAUGGAAAGCCAGACAGACUUAUGAGGAUAUCAGUGACAUCUCAAUAGCUGCCCCUCUCCAGCAGGUAGCCUUUGGGGAGGCAGGUGUGUUUACUCAGUACCACAGAAAGAAGAGAGCCAUGACUGUGAGCCAGUAUCACCACCUCGCACAUACUGUAAAAUAUCAAGCUCCACCACACUUGGAUUUUGAGGACCUGGAGCAAACAUACUGGAAAACGCGCCUGUACGGAUCCCCCAUCUACGGCGCCGAUGUCAGUGGCUCGUUGUUCGAUGAGAACACGAGGCAGUGGAACCUGGGCCACCUGGGCACCAUCCAGGACCUGCUGGAGCAGGAGUGCGGAGUGGCCAUCGACGGCGUCAACAGCCCGUACCUGUACUUCGGCAUGUGGAAGACCGGCUUCGCCUGGCACACGGAGGACAUGGACCUUUACAGCCUCAACUUCCUGCACUUCGGGGAGCCCAAGACGUGGUACGCGGUGCCCCCUGCGCAUGGCCGGCGCCUGGAACGCCUGGCCAGGGAGCUGUUCCCUGGCCCCGCGCGGGGCUGCGAGGCCUUCCUGAGACACAAGGUGGCGCUCAUCUCGCCCACGGUCCUCAAGGCCCAGGGCAUCCCCUUCGGCCGCGUCACGCAGGAGGCGGGCGAGUUCAUGGUGACGUUUCCCUAUGGCUACCACUCGGGCUUCAACCACGGCUUCAACUGCGCCGAAGCCAUCAAUUUCGCCACCCCGCGCUGGGUCGAUUAUGGCAAAGUGGCGUCGCAGUGCAGCUGCGGGGAGGCGCGGGUGGUGUUCUCCAUGGACGCGUUCGUGCGCAUCCUGCAACCCGAGCGCUAUGAGCUGUGGAAACGGGGCCAGGAUCGGGUGGCGCUGGAACACACGGAGCACCUGUCCUCGCCUGGCAGCCUGGAGUUGAGUGCCUGGAGGGAGGUCCGCGAGCCUGCCCGGGCUGCUUUCAGCCCAAGGUACUGCCCGCCUCGUGCGGCCUCACGCCACCGUCGUCCAGGGUCUGCGGGUGGUGGGACCUGCCGCCCAGCCCCUGUGCGUUCUGUGUCCUCAAGCCCUGCACGAGUCCGGCCUUCCUCCUCCGCUGCCCAGCUCGAGGCUUCUGCUGCUCGCAGCUCCAGGAAGCCCAGAUCCACCCGGUGGCCAACCCCAUGCCCAGCCACCCCUGAUCUCCGUCUAAGUGGCCGGCAUGUUUCAAAUCGUCGUCCUCGGGAACAGGGCACUCAGGAGUGA